AGCUGAGCAGCACAGGACCACACACAGUCUCACUGAGUCAGUAGACAUGGAGGAUGGGAAGCCUGAUCUGCUGCUGGUCAAAGAGGAGACAAUAGAGGACGGACCAGAAAGCAUUGACCUGUUGAGUGGACUAAAGAUGGGGGAGCAAGGUGGUUGGCUGGAGGCUAACAGAGGAGACUGGGCGGCCAUCUUGGAUUUCCAGACCCUGACCGGUGCAGCUAAGGGCCCAGGGGAUAACAUCACUGAGCAGACCAGGACCAGAGGCGACAUAGUGGAGUCUGCAGUCCAUGAGGACCUGCUGAUGUCCGGUGUUGGUGACAGGAGAGACUGGACCUCUGCAGCGACUGGUCAAAAACCCUGGGUCCGGAUCAGAACCCUGGAUCAGGAGCCGUCGCUCUUCCUUCCCGAGUCGGAACCUGGACCGAACCACAAGGGACAGAGACUCCCCCACAACCACCACACAGAACACAACCAGUGGACAGGAGGACUGAACAACCUCAGUCCUGGUGGUCAUCAGAGAGACAGAGGCUCCAGUCAGGGAUCCAGUCUGCAGCCCAGACCCUUCUCUUCACAGUCUCAGCGCAGGGAUGAAGCAGGGCCUGGGGCUGAUAGAGAUGGACCCUCCUGUUCCUAUGAUACAAACACCACAGUAUCCAUGAUGAACAGAGCAGGUCACCCUGGGCUUCAACCUUCAGAGAGAGUGGUGGGAGACCCCCCUGGUGGUUGUCUAUCAGGAAGUUUGUCUUCUCCUUCAGGGCCUCGUCUAAUGCCUGGUGAAUGGGUUCAUAGGAAGCCUGGGUCUAGCCUUCCUCAGUUACCUCAUGGUUACCCCACCAAUACAGACAGGGUCAGGAUGGGCGUUCACCACAAGAGGUACCUAGCCUAUAACACAGCACACAAUCCCAACAACACCCAAACAAUGGCUAGAGGUCAAGGAGGGAGCUCAAAGACUCUUGCUUCUACCUCCUCUGGUGUCAUUGGGUCACAAUGUGGGAGGCCGAGCGUUAGGACGGACGCAGACAAGCCGUAUGCCUGCCCCACGUGUGGGAAGCACUUUGCUGAGGCUAGGUAUGUGAAGCAGCACCAGACUGUUCACACCAAGGACAGCUUCAAGUGCAAAUUAUGUCACAAGAGCUUCUCCUUCCUGAGUAGCCUUAUCAGACAUAGGAGUGUCCACAAUGGGGAGAAAUCGUAGCAGUGUGGCUUGAGAUGUACACAGGGGAUAUCUGGGAACCAUUCUUUAGCUGACAUAUUAUAGUUAUCAUGUGAAGUGUCUUCGGGUAAGAGGGUAAUUAACCACAUACCCCUCAUUAACCCUUUGUUA